GUGGGUAAUUCAGGCUAUGGUAAGACGAUCACUAACCAACUGAAACACAGAAACGUGGAGUAUUGCAGUGACGCAGAGGCCAGCCGAAAAGUCAACACCCCACUGUUCUGGAAACUGGAUAAUAUCACAGAAGAUACUUAUGAAGUAGAGUCUUGUAAGAAAACUAUUAAGUUAAACUUACCUAUUCAAGUCGGGUUUUUUGUGUAUCAGUAUGCUAAGUUACCCAUGCUGCAGUUUUAUUAUGAUUUUCUAGACAAGUAUCUCGAUCGCAGCGAUUUUCAAAUGUGUGAAAUGGAUACGGAUUCAGCGUAUAUCGCUAUUGCUGGGGAGAGUGUGGAAAGUUUAGUCAAACCAGAAUUGAAAGCAGAGUUCGAAGCCGAUAAAUGCAACUGGUUUCCCCGUACGGAUACACCCGAGCAUAAAGCCUAUGAUAAGCGAACCCCGGGUCUUUUUAAGGUUGAGUGGGAGGGACAAGGAAUUAUCGGGUUGUGUUCAAAAACCUACUACUGUUUUGGGGCCAAAGAUAAGUUUUCUUGCAAAGGAGUCAAUAAGAAAUGCAAUGACAUUAACAAAGAUAAAUACCUUAAUGUCUUACUUACAAAACAAAAUAGUUCUGGGGUGAAUCGAGGGUUCAGAGUUGUAAAUAAUACUAUAUACACUUAUACCCAGGUCAGAGAUGCCUUUUCGUAUUUUUACCCGAAACGUAAAGUUUUGGCUGAUGGAGUUAACACCACUCCACUUGACAUUUAA